AUGCCGUCCAAUAAUAAUAAUAAUAAUCUAACCGUACUGUUGGCUCCGUGCAACUAUGUCGGUCCUAUGAUGGCCAGUAUCGGAAUGGCCGAAGUGUUGCGCGAUGCCGGCCAUCGGCCAGUGUUUGCCGUCAAACCCGAAUGGAUUCAAAAGAUUCAACGGUUAAACUUUGACAUUGAGCUUCUGGAGGAACCGGAAUCGACUGCUAAAACCACUAAUAGUUUAGCGGUGGUCAUGGAUUCGGCCGAAAAGAAUGUGUCGGACAUUCAGGAAAUGUUGGCAAAUAGGACACCAAUGGAUCAGUUGAUAUCAGUAUUUACCACUGCUGUCGACGAACUAUUAGUCGAUAUGGAGACCGAACAGCCCUAUCUCACGGGUAUUAUUGCCAAAGUCAGGCCCAAUGUGAUCAUAACUGAUCACAUUUUGAUCAAUCCGUCGAUUUACAACUCACAGGUGCCCUAUAUUAUGAGCUACAGUAGUAAUCCAUUGAAUUUGGACACCUGUAUAGAGGAUAGACGUCUACCGCCGGGAGCAUUAGGACUGUCCCUAAACGGUGAUAAUAGCAAUUGGGAAAACUAUAGACAACAACUUAUAUAUCCGUCCCCCUACGCAACCAUUUAUAUGUAUCCCAAAGAGCUGGACUAUACCGAUGUGAGACCACUUCCCGAAACAUUUCAUCGUUUUGACAAUUUUAGGCGUACGGGUAAUGAGGAUGUAUUUGAAUUACCGAAACAGUUGAGUCAAAGAUCGGGAAAAUUGGUUUAUCUGUUACUGGGAUCAAUGGGAAGCGGAAAUGUUGACCUAAUGAAACGUUUGGUCGCUAUUCUAGCCAAGUCUGAGCACAGAUUUAUUGUGUCCAAAGGUGUCAAACACGACAAGUAUGAGUUGGCGGACAACAUGUGGGGCGAGAGGUUUGUUCCACAGGUAAAGGUGUUGCCUAUUGUCGACCUAUUUAUAACACACGGCGGCAAUAACUCGUUUACCGAAUGUAUGUCUUUCGGUAAACCUAUGAUUGUGUUUCCAUUAUUUUUCGAUCAGUUCGAUAACGCACAGAGAGUUGAGGACAAGGGUUACGAUAUACGACUCAAUCCAUACGAGUGCUCUGAACAACAAUUACUUCAAUCGAUUAACAAACUAUUAAAUGACAAACAAUUGAUUGAAAAAUGUAAUAAAAUUGGACUACGAAUACAAAAUGAGAAAAAUAAUGAAAAAUUUGUAAAAUUAGUCGAAAAUGUUAGUAAACUUAAAAAGUAG